UGUCACGAGAAAAUAGUUCAAAUUGGCCCAUCUCUUCAGCUACUCGUUUCAGCAUCUGCCUAAUGUAAGAAACAUAUUAAGAUGGCCUCUGCAAUAAUCUUCACGUUUAUAUGUAUCUGUCUGAUUCUAUUUGCGCGUUGUGAGGAGAGAUUUGUCUCAAACGUCCUUGAUAAAACAAGGUCAUCCUGCCCAGAUAUGCCUAAGAAAGUCUACACAGUCACAAGUGAAAUGCAGUGCAUUCACAGAUGUAUGAGGAACAAAGAUUGCAGCACGAUAAACUACAGAACUGAGAAUGACGUCACAGAAAACUGUGAAGUGUUCCUUGGUGGCCAUUGCGCGAAAGGACAGUGCUCGAGGAAUUGGAAAACUAUUGUUAUUAAGAGCGAAUUGUUCCCAGUUACUAAAGUUUUCAAGAGCUGCAGAGAAGUCUUCUUGGAAAAAGAAAAUGCAGCAUCUGGAGUAUAUGAUUUGGAGUCAGGCCGUCAUUUCUGCAACAUGAGUGAGAUUCCAAAUUGCGGAGGAGGUGGAUGGACACUUGCGAUGAAAAUUGAUGGAACAAAGGUCACAUUUUCUACUGGAUCAGUAUAUUGGUCAAAUGAUGAAGUUUAUAAUACGGAGUUGGGGAUCAAAUCCUUCUAUGAAAACGAAGCAAAGUUCCCUGCCUUCAGCAAUGUGGCAUUUGACGAGAUCUGCAUUGGUAUGAGGGCAUCAUCUGUUGUGAAUUGGCUGCGUUUACCAGUAAAUAGUUCCUCCCUGCUUGCUAUUUUCAAACCGGCUACCUAUAUACAAACCAACCUUGGGAGGUCGGCUUGGAAACACUUGCUUCUAUCAUCUUCAAUGCAAUUCAAUUGCAAUCGCGAAGGAAUCAAUGUGAAGACCGAUGGAGGGGAUAUUAUGGCAAGAAUUGGUCUCAUUGCUAACAAUGAAGAUGAUUGUGCUUCUCCUGACUCGUUCUUUGGAUUAGGGAUUGCAUCCACCAUAUGUGGCAAUGAAGCACUACACAGUCCAAAUGUUGACGAUGGCCAAGUAAGAAUCGAAGCCAUGGGCUUUGUUCUGAUCAAAUGAACAUAAAUCUGAUCUAAGACAGUUAGGAACAGUUUACUGCAUCAAAGUUUUUUUCAUUUUUUACCAAACUUAGCUCAUGGUGAAAAAUGUUAUAUAAUUGUUGAAAAAUUUGAUAUUAAAAAGAUACCUUUAUCUAAUUAUACAUAUAAUAGCAAUUUUAAAAAGAGCAGAAAAGCAUUUACACGAGACCUUUCCGUGAAAUUCAGAAAUAUGUGCAAGUUAAAUUUAUAAUUAUUUGCACUUCCCAUUUGCACCUCACAAAGAUCCCUUUUGUGAUAUUCAUAUUUACAUUUUUGCAUUUGUUUCUAGCUAGCAUCCAAAGGUAGUUUUAGGACACUUUGAAGCUGUGCUUAUCGAGCAGUGUCCUGGUCCUUCCUCUCGAUUUGACAACACCUCGUGAUUCCUACGCUCAGUGGCGGAUCCAGGGGUGUGCAAAGGGUGCUUGAGCACCGGUCAGAUUUUCAAAGUACUGUUUCUUGUAUCUGUUCCUUUGCGUGUUUCCGAAAAAAGCUAAAGGUUUCUACUGAUUCGAUGUUUUCAUCUAUUGUGCAUGAAAAAUAUCCCUUUAUCUUUUAUCAGGAAAGUGGUAACAUACAAUCUUUGUGAAAAAUUGCAAGAAAUCAUAAAAUAUUAUAUGCAUCUGUUUGAGGAAUAGGGUGACAUGCCAGGUUGCGUUUUAUUAGCCAUGUUAUUAGUUGAUUUGAGUUUCGCAAACGUGAAUCAAUGUUGUUUGCUUUGAGGUAAUUGUGACACUACGACAAGCGUUAAUUGAAGUGUUGAGAUAUUUGCUUUUUUUAUUACGCGGUUAAUGGCAUCGCAGCCCCCCUUUGUGAUUUUUCUAAAGGAAAAAUAGUUCAAAGAGGCGUGUAAAUGCCUGUCAAAGUCCUUGGAACAUCAACACAAUUUUUUAACAUUAUAUAUAAAAUUAAAGAGAAGUAAAAUUCAUUUUUUAAGAACACAAUUCCAAGCUGCAAAAGAUAGCUUUCAACCAGUGUAACGAAUUUCGUAAAA